CUCUCUUCUCUAUCUCUCUCUUCUCUACCAAACAAAGCCUUAGGGAUGGUCUUCGGUUUGCUGGGAAGCGUGGUGAUUGUCGGUUGCUCUGCGAAUCUGAUUGCUUGGAUUUGGUUAGCAUACUUGUAGACAUUGAGAGUGUUCGUGCUCAUGUCCAUUGCUCCAUUCUCAAUGAGAUCCAGGGCAUGAUCUGUUGGAACUGGCGGGUUGAGCUUGCUCACGAGGGUAACGUGGUGGCAGAUUGGUUGGCCAGAGAGCUGCCAUCGACAUUUAGGGCCACCCAACUCGACGGUGGAGAAGACCAGCACACCCACCCGUGGCGACGAAGAAGCAACAUAACUUGUUUGGCACAACAUCUCCGCUCAAAAUACCACCUCUUACCCUAGAACAUCAUUCAUUUCAAUUCUCCACCUUCGAUUUGGGAAAACAUGAACGCGGCAGCAGCAACAGCAGCUUCUUCUUCUUCGUAUUCUGCACUCCUCUCCAACCCUAACAACCGCUCUCUCCAUCGGAAUUCCUCUUCGUCAUGUACUGAUAUCCGAAACAUUACAUUUGUCACUUGCCACUCUGAUUCUAACAAGUCUACAUCUCAAGCAUCCUUGUUUUUGUGUCCUGGCUCGACGAAUAGGAGAAAUGGCAUGCUUGCAGGACCUUUUUCUGGGAACCUCUCUGGCAGGAAAAAUCUUGUUUGUCAGACAAAUUAUUCUGUGAAUACAAGCACUUUUGAUGGGACUGCUUUAGAAUCUCCCUCCCGUGUUGUGGAAGAGAAAGUUGGGGUCUUGCUUCUCAACCUAGGAGGGCCGGAGACGCUCCAUGAUGUUCAACCUUUUCUAUUUAAUCUUUUUGCAGAUCCUGAUAUCAUUCGUCUCCCGAGGUUGUUUCGGUUUCUCCAGCGACCACUGGCAAAAUUGAUUUCUACACUUCGGGCUCCUAAAUCCAAGGAAGCGUAUGCUUCUAUUGGAGGUGGCUCUCCUUUACGCAAAAUUACCAAUGACCAGGCACUGGCAAUUAAAAAGGCUUUGGAAGCAAAGGGUCUCUCUUCAAGUGUCUAUGUUGGGAUGAGGUACUGGUACCCAUUCACAGAAGAUGCAGUUCAGCAAAUUAAGAGGGAUGGAAUAACAAGGCUUGUGGUAUUACCCCUUUAUCCCCAAUUUUCUAUAUCUACAACUGGGUCAAGCAUCCGUGUCCUCCAGCAUAUGUUCAGGGAAGAUGCUUAUUUGUCCCAGCUUCCUAUUUCUAUUAUAAACUCUUGGUAUCAACGAGAAGGUUACGUUAAGUCAAUGGCUGACUUAAUUGAGAAAGAGCUCCAGACUUUUUCUGAGCCAAAGGAGGCAAUGAUAUUUUUCAGUGCACAUGGUGUGCCCGUCAGUUAUGUUGAGAAUGCUGGGGAUCCGUACCAAGUUCAAAUGGAGGAGUGCAUCUUCUUGAUCAUGCAGGAGUUAAAAGCUAGAGGAAUUAGUAAUGAGCACACUCUUGCCUAUCAGAGUCGAGUCGGUCCUGUACAGUGGCUGAAACCAUAUACAGAUGAAGUUCUCGUUGAGCUUGGCAAGAAAGGUGUGAAGAGUCUUUUAGCUGUUCCAGUGAGCUUUGUGAGUGAGCAUAUUGAGACCCUUGAAGAAAUUGACAUGGAGUACAAGGAGUUGGCUCUUGAAUCUGGUGUCAAGAAUUGGGCACGUGUCCCUGCCCUCGGCCUUACCCCUUCCUUCAUUACUGAUCUGGCUGAUGCAGUAAUAGAAGCUCUCCCAUCAGCAACAGCAAUGUAUGCACCGAGCAGCACCAAUGAAGAUGUUGAACAAGACCCAGUUAGAUUUUUUGUCAAGAUGUUCUUUGGUUCAAUCUUUGCUUUCUUCUUGCUUUUGUCACCCAAAAUGAUAAAUGCCUUCAAGAAUCAUGUCAUUUAGAAGAAUAUAGAAUUGCCUGAGGAAUUCAAUCUGGAAUUAUAGUAGUUGAAGCUAUUGAUAGCAAAGUUGUACACUUGGAUUUUUCGUUUUUACUCUUAAGUUUUAACUGCAUACAUCACACAGAUAUGAACAAGUAAUUUUUGUAAGUGAUCGUCAUGAGAAGUUGUACAUCGGCACGUUUCAAAAAAAUAAUGACCAGAGGUCUAUUAUAAUAAAGCCGUGAACAAGUUAUUUUUUA